AUGUUCUUUAUGGGCUCCAAGGUCUCUGAAGUUGCUUCCAACGUGUUUGCUGUUUUUGUUGGCAUUACCAUAAUAGCCCAAGUAUUUGGGGCUGUCUUAUUGAUUGCCUUAAAGAAUAAAGUGAAAUUUGUAAACAAUUAUUUCUUGGAUGUCAUGCAAGAAUUCCAGUUGACCGACAAGAAAGAGCAAGCGGAGAUUAUAAUGAAGCUUCAGGCUGCCUUAAACUGCUGUGGAAUAAGUGCACCGUCAGAUUGGCCAGAUCCAACUAUGAGCUGUUGUAUGCCUGGUGAACAGACACCGUGCAAUGACUACCCCCAACAGGGCUGCGAUAAUGCACUUUACGCAUGGUUGGACUAUGGCAUGCUGAGUGCCGGUGUCACGAUUCUUAUCUUUUCUCUCAUCGAUGUUGGCGCAAUCGUGGCCGCAGCUUGCCUAGUUGAAAGAAAAGUGCAUACCUGA